AUGAUCGGAGUUUCAUCUAUAGUUCAAAAAUGGCAAAUGCAAAUCAUUCAUUCUAGUCUACUUGAUAUAAAAAAAAUUCAUCCGAAUGUAACAGCUAUUGUUAAUGCAGCUAAUGUAUAUAUGAGAGGAGGUGGAGGUCUUGAUGGAGCAAUUCAUGCAGCAGCUGGUUCUCAAUUAUUAGCUGAAUUAAAACAACUUGUACCACAUAAAACUCAAACUGCACAAGUCAUUGUUACAAAAGGAUAUAAAACAGGUUUCGAUCAUAUUUUACAUGUUGCUGGUCCAGUUUAUUCUUCAACAAAUCAUGAUGAAUCUCAACGACUUCUCGAAGCAACAUAUACAAAUGUGAUACGAGAAGCUGAUCGUUUAAAAACAGUUACUGCACUUGGUUUAGCAUCAAUUAGUACAGGUAUAUAUGGUUAUCCAUUAAAUGAUGCAGCAUCAAUAGCAAUAUCAACAGUUGCUCGAGAAUUAUCACAAGUACAAAAUUUAAAAACAGUUAUUUUUGCUAUGUUUGGAAAAAGUGAACUUGAUGUAUUUACAAAAGCAUAUGAACAAUGGAAAAAAAAGCAUGAAAAAGAUUUGUAA